AUGCACCCUACUCAGAUCCUCAGAGGCGGCGGCGAGACCCCGCUCGGCAAGCACGGCCACUUCCUUGGUGGCUGGGGCAACUUUGGUGGUCUCAAGCAGAAGGGCAUUGUCACCUACGGUCUCAGCUCCAACCGACAGAACCCCGUCGCCGGCGCUGCCCACGACGCCAUCUUCAACACCUGGAGACGGUUCAGCAAGCAGGUCCUUUACAUUGCUCCUCCCUUCGUUGCUUUCUACUACGCCAUGGAGUGGGCCAUUCACCGAAACCACUACCUGAACUCCAAGGCCGGCCGUGCCGAGUUCGGUGAUGAGGAGUAA